UUUCUACAAUUCUGCUUCACCAAUUUCUCUCCAUCAUUCCAGCAGACAGUAAAGAUACAACAAAAUGACAGGCCUCCAAGUCCACCACGGCGGAAAACCAUUCUUCCACUGCCCCAAGGGCCCCAUGAUCCUGGGCGAAGCACCCAUCUACCGCGCCAGCGACAGCACAUUACACUGGGUCGACUGUCUCGCCGAACCCUGCGAACUAUACAUCCUCAAAGUCGACCCGAUCACAGGGCACGCACUCCCAAAUUCCUUACGAAUACUCAAACUCAACGACAGCGUGACAGUACAAUUCUUCCGUCGCGAUAAACCCGGUAGCUAUAUCGCUGCUUAUUACCAAGGAGUAUGUUUUAUAGAUGAGGCCAGCGGGAAAAUAGAUAUUGUCAAAGAAAUCAUCCCUACAGAGAAAAGGGAUGAAUUGAGGUUUAAUGAUGGUGGGAUUGAUGCAAAGGGAAGGUUUUGGUUGGCGGAGAUUGAUAAAGUUGCCAUGUCCUAUGGACCGAAUCAGUUACCGCAGGAAUAUGGUAGACCGAAGGGGAAGUUGUGGAGGUAUGAUCCUGAUGGGAGUUUGCAUGAGAUGCUGGAUGGUGGAGUGGUUUGUGGGAAUGGGUUGGGAUGGAGUCCGGAUAAUAAGACUUUUUACUUUCACGACUCAGUCGCAAUGGUCGUAUACGCAUUCGACUUUGAUCUUGAGUCUGGCAACAUCUCCAAUAAAAGACUCCUAAUUGACCGGCGAGACUCAUUCGGUGAACCUGAUGGGAUGGUCGUUGAUACCGAAGGAAACCUCUGGAUAGCAAUGUUCGACUCCAACCGAGUCAUGGUCUUCUCCCCCAGCGGCGUACAUUUAAAAGACAUCAAAUUUACAGCCCGAAAUCCAGCGUGCACAACCUGGGGUGGUAAAGAUUGGGAUAUUAUAUUUUUGGCAAGUGGGAAAUGGAGAGGGAAACGUGAGAUUGAAGGGGAUGAAGGGGGCCAUAUGUUUAAAUUUAAGCCGGGGGAUGCGAGGGGGCAGGCGAAGUAUGAGUUUGCUGGUUGA